GGGGAUGGGGGGUAUCUAUUAAAAGAGAAGAGAGGUUGGUAUCCACAAUGCCUGUUGGAACCCAUUAGGGACACUCAACCAGGAUGCCGGAGCCAACUAAAAAAGCUGUCUCUGCCUUUACCAAGAAACCAAAGUCUCAGACUGCUGAGAUUGGGGCAACAGUCAUUUUUGAAGUGGAGACUGAGAAGCCUGAUGCAAAGGUGAGAUGGCAGCAAGACUCCAAGGACAUCUCAUCCAGUGACAAAUACACCAUCUCAGCAGAGGGCAAUAAGCAUUCUCUUACCAUAAACAAUGCUGUCCAGGAGGAUGCAGUAGGAUAUGCUGUCAUUGCUGGGGGAUCAAAGGUCAAAUUUGAAUUAAAGUUAAAAGAGUCAGAAGUGAAGGAAGCAAAACAAGCUGUAUCCCCAGAGGCUGCAGCAUUGGAAACUAAGUCUUCUGAAACUACAGGGGUCCCAUCAGCACCUACUGAAAGUUCAGCACCAGAAACCAGUGGAAAGACAACACCUGAUGCUCUGCCUGAGAGUCAUCAGCCUGACACAAGGCAGGACCUUACUGGUCUCUUCACAGAGAAGCCUCAGAGUGGGGAGGUAACUGUGGGUGAGAACAUUACCUUUGUGGCUAGAGUGGGUGGUGAAUCUUUGUUGAAGAAGCCUGCAGUAAAAUGGUUCAAAGGAAAGUGGAUGGAUCUGGCCAGCAAGUCAGGAAAGCAUCUGCAACUCAAAGAGCAGUAUGACCGCAACACUAAGGUGUACACAUUCGAGAUGCAUAUUGUUGCAGCUAAAGCAAACUUUGCUGGAGCAUAUCGCUGUGAGGUGUCAUCGAGAGACAAGUUUGACAGCUGUAAUUUUGACCUUUUAGUACAUGAGGCUCGUACAACCGAAGGGUUUGAUAUUCGCAGUGCAUUUAGGCGCACGAGCACCAGUUCAGGUGGUAAGAAGAAGAUGGGAGAGCCUGGCAGUAGCACAGAUGCAGGUGAUGACACAGGAGAACUGGACUUCAGUGCUUUAUUGAAAAAGAGAGCUGUUCAUGUGAGCAGUGUCCCUGACGUAGAUGUAUGGGACAUCCUACAGAAGGCCCCAGUCUCCGAGUAUGAAAAGAUUGCCUUCCAGUAUGGAAUUACAGACCUGCGGGGGAUGCUUAAGAGACUCAAAAAAAUGAAAAAGGAAGAGAAGAAAAGUGAAGCAUUUCUAAGGAAGCUGGACCCAGCCUACCAGGUUGAAAAGGGACACAAGAUAAAACUGCAAAUCGAGGUGGCUAAUGCAGAUGCAGAGGUUAAAUGGUUAAAAAAUGGUCAAGAGAUUCAACCAACAGGAAGCAAGUACAUUUUUGAGAGUGUAGGCAACAAACGUUUUCUCACCAUCAACAACUGUUCACUGUCAGACGAUGCUGCCUACACCUGCAUGGUUGGGGACGAGAAGAGCUUUACUGAGCUCUUUGUUAAAGAGCCCCCUGUUCUGAUCUUGCAUAAUCUAGAGGAUCAGAUGGUAAUGAAGGGAGAAAGAGUGGAGUUUGAGUGUGAAGUGUCUGAAGAAGGUGCUCAGGUGAAAUGGGAGAAAGAUGGUGUUGAACUCACCCGAGAUGAGUCUUUCAAGUACCGCUUUAAGAAAGAUGGAUGUAAGCAUGUCCUUAUCAUUAAUGAUGUGACAAAGGAAGACUGUGGACAUUACCAGGUGAAAACCAAUGGAGGCCAAUCUUUAGCAGAGCUCAUGGUUCAGGAAAAGGAGCUAGAGAUCUAUCAAAACAUUGCUGACCUGACGGUGAAGGCCAAAGACCAGGCUGUAUUCAAGUGUGAGGUUUCUGAUGAAAAUGUAAAAGGCAUCUGGUACAAAAAUGGAGUGGAGGUGAAGCCUGAUGCCAGAACACAUAUCACACACAUUGGCAGGAAUCAUAAGCUCACCAUUGAUGAUGUGAAGCCAGAGGAUGAGGGUGACUACACCUUCGUUCCUGAGGGCUAUGCAUUCAAUCUCUCUGCCAAGCUCAACUUCUUGGAGGUCAAGAUUGACUAUGUUCCUCGUUCAGAUCCUCCCAAGAUUCACCUGGACUGCAUGGGGCGCACAGCUGAGUCCACUAUUUUGGUUGUGGCAGGAAACAAACUGCGACUUGAUGUACCAAUUACAGGAGAUCCUGCCCCUACUGUGGUUUGGACUAAAUCAGAAAAGGUGGUGACAGACACAGAUGGUCGUGUCCAUGUGGAGAGUACCAAAGGCCAUUGCAUCUUUACCAUAGAGGGGGCGGAACGUCAGGAUGAGGGCGUGUACUCUGUCAUUGUUCGGAAUCCUGCUGGAGAGGAUACAGCUGACAUUAAUGUCAAAGUUGUUGAUGUGCCAGAUCCACCUGAAGCUCCCAGAAUCCUGAGCGUCGCUGAAGAUUCCUGUGUUGUCCAGUGGGAUGCCCCACUGUUUGAUGGUGGCCAGCCAGUCAUAGGUUAUGUACUGGAAAGGAAGAAGAAAAAGAGCUACAGAUGGAUGAGACUCAAUUUUGAUCCUUUUAAAGAUACUACAUAUGAAGCCAAAAAAAUGAUUGAAGGUGUACCCUAUGAGAUGCGUGUUUAUGCAGUGAACGCCAUCGGAAUGUCCCGCCCCAGUCCUGCCUCCCAGCCAUUUGUGCCAAUUGCUCCUACUAGCGAGCCAAUUGGCCUGUGUGUGGAUGACAUCAGUGAUACCACCAUCUCACUGAAAUGGAGGGCUCCAGAGAGGAUGGGCUCAGCUGAACUCAAUGGUUAUGGGGUUGAGUAUUGCAAGGAAGGCUCUGAUGAAUGGAUUCCUGCAUUUGCGGGUCUCACAGAAAGGACCUCUGUGAUCAUCCGUGACCUGCCAACUGGAGAGAAGAUGCAGUUCCGUGUGAGGGCAUAUAAUAUGGCGGGCCCAAGCCCUCCUGCCACAUUGCCACAGGCAGUCACCAUCCGCGAGAUCAUGCAGCGCCCCAAAAUCUGGAUCCCCCGUAACCUUCGUCAGACAAUCAUCAAGAAAGUAGGAGAAACUGUUAACCUGGUAAUUCCCUUCCAGGGUAAACCACGUCCUAAAGUAAACUGGACAAAAAACAAUGAGCCUCUGGACCCGAAGCAGGUCAACAUAAGGAACAGUGACAACGAUACCAUCCUCUUCAUCAGGAGAUCAGAGAGGAAAGAUUCUGGGAAGUAUGAUCUUCAAGUGCAGAUUGAGAAUAUGGAGGACAAGGCCAGUGUGAACAUACAGAUUGUGGACCUGCCAGGUCCACCCCAGAGUUUAAAGGUGGUGGAUGUUUGGGGCUGCAAUGUUGCCCUGGAGUGGAACCCCCCCAAGGAUAAUGGCAACUGUGACAUCACAGGCUACAUUGUUCAAAAGGCUGACAAGAAAACCAUGGAAUGGUACACAGUGUAUGAUCAGUAUCGCCGCACUAACUGUGUGGUGUCAGACCUGAUCAUGGGGAAUGAAUAUGUGUUCCGUGUGUACGCCAUAAACAUGGUGGGUCUGAGUCCAGAGCCUUGCCUUUCUAAAGACAGUGCCUACAUCCAGAAAACAGGCAUUGUGUACAAAUCUCCCACCUACAAAGAGCAUGAUUUCUCUGAGGCCCCCAAAUUCACACAUCCUCUCAUGAGCCGCUCAGUUAUAGCUGGAUACAACGUUACACUCAGCUGCUCUGUUAGAGGCAUCCCUAAGCCUAAAAUCAUAUGGUACAAAAACAAGAUGGACAUUACAAAUGAGGCCAAGUUCCGUAUGUUCAGCAAUCAGGGUGUGCUGACUCUGGAGAUCCGUAAACCUUGUCCAUUUGAUGGAGGUGUGUACAUGUGUAAGGCAGUCAAUGCCAGCGGAGAGGACAUGGUAGAAUGCAAACUGGAAGUCCGUUCUCAAGUCACAAAAGACGACGGCAAGAAAUGAAAGAGAAAGAGACGUAAUGGGCUUGUCUCAGGGUUUGGAAAAUUGUGACUCUUUGUCCUCUUUCUGUCUUCUGUCCUAAAAAUUGACCCCCAUGACAUGUCGGUGAUCUAAUAACAGAGCAAGGAAUAUUUUAUUGUUUUCCUAAUUAGCUUGUGCUCAACGAUUCUCACUCACACACAAUGCCCAUGUGCUUCGGUGUGAUUUUGUGACUUUAUUGCUUGUAUUCAUUUUAUUUCAUGUCAUUUCAUUGUGACUCAGUAUUUUUCCUUCCACACUGCAAUGUUAUAUAAUAUACAAUAUAAAGGAUUUUGUUGACAUUUAA